GGUGUGGACACUCAGUCAAGCCGAGCAGCAUCCGGAGAGAGAUUAGGCACACCGACACAGCUAACGGCGAUAAAAAGGUGGAGAUCUUCUGUUGGACUAUACCGGAACAAAAACACCCAGCCGCCGAAGGAAGACUGCUCUUUUUUCGUCUUUUUUUAUCUUUUAAAAGCGACAGAUAACUUUUUCCUCUUGUUUUUUUUGUACCUGAACGGACAGCCAUGCUCAGCCUGGGCCUCCUGUUGGUUUUAUCCGCCUCCGUGUUCUCAGAGUCGCAGGUCAGGGAGACGGAGACGUGGAUGCCAAUGAAGACCACGCAGACUGUCGCCAUGUUGACGCACGCCGCCGACGUCGAGGCGUCCGGAGACUCGGCGAACGGGUCGGACUUCGGCUUCACGGAUGACGAGGACGACGAGAACGAGGACGACGAAGACGGGCCGAACUACUACUACGAGGACAACUGGUACGACGACGAGGACGAAGAGUACGGCGAGGCCUCCGGGUCUGGAGACGGAGCAACAACCGUGUCUCCUGAUAGAGAGUCCAAACCCUCAGUGAAGCCCGAUGUCAACGACAACAAGAUCCCUGAGCCGGAGGUUCCGGUACGACCGACCGUCAACGAGGUGGACGUCGUCCAGAAGAGCAAUGAGAUCCCGUUUUUGAGGAAGGAGCCCGGAGACGAGUAUCCGUCUAACGUCCUGAUGUCCCACGCUGGAGACGACAGCAUCUUCAACAAGACGGAGGUCCUGGCAGCUCUGAUCGCCGGCGGCGCCGUGGGUCUGAUGUUCGCCGUCCUCCUCAUCCUGCUGCUCAUCUACCGCAUGAAGAAGAAGGACGAGGGCAGCUACGACCUGGGAAAGAAACCCAUCUACAAGAAAGCCCCGACCACGGAGAUCUACGCAUAGACCUGACCUAUACACACACACACACACACACACACACACACACACACACACACACACACACACACACACACACACACACACACACACACACACACACACACACCCCCUUCCUUCCUUAUAAACCAAUCAGGGCCGACGUCCGGCCUCCCAGUGCCUCGUCACCUCCUCAUUGGAUGAAUCUGGAGCGACGCCCCGACGACACAAUCGAUAGACCGACUGACUCCUCCCACCUCCUACCUCCGACCAAUCAGAGGCUUUGUUUUUUCUUGGCGAGGAGCAGCAGGAGCGGUUUAAAAACACUAAACGUUUCGUCUCUUCCGCUUAUUUAUUCUCACCUUCAAGGACUUUUUAUUUUGACCAGAAAAAGGUCCAUCGGUGUCGAUGAUUCCAGCUCGUGGUGGUUUUUCCUGAGGGAGGCUUGUUUCUGCACUGUGAGACCUUCAUUAAAAAUCACCUUUUUAUUCUCUUCAAACCUCCCGUUCCUCCUUCAGUUCACCAGAUGAGUAAAAUAAGCUAAUCUGGAGUCAAAACACAAAAACCAGUUGGACCCGGGUCUGAACAGUCUGAAGACACUGUAAAUCCACCGCUGUGCCUCACGGUUUGGCUUCACGGGGACCUUAAUGGGCAGUUUGGUUGGUUUUCCUGCAGAAAGACGUUAGCUUAGCUUAGCAUGAAGACUGAACAGUGGAUGGAACAUGUAGCCUGGUUUAAAGUCUGUAAACUCUUCUAAAACUAAGAUUGUAGGCGAUAGAGGACACAAAACUCGAGCUAUACUUUUAACACUUUCUAUAAACAUUCAUCAAACUAUGGAUUCCACUCAGACUUUGGUGUCAAGUCGGUUAAAUCCAAACCUAAAAACAGUUGAUUCUAAGUCGACUUAAAUGCAAAACGGCUGGUUUCCAUCCAAAUUUUAGCUAAAAAUGUGAAAUAAAUCUUGUUUUCUUGCAUCCAGAUGGUGCUAAUUCUCACAUCGGUGCCUCGUUUCUCUCAUAAUUUGCCGUUUCUUUGGAUGUUUUUGAUCGAUCCGCUCAGUUUUUAAAGCAAAAACAAAAUUUCUAAAAACUGCAUUAAAACUAGAUUCAACCAAGAAUUUUCACAUUUCAUCCUGUUUGUGUUAAAUAAUAUAACUGGUAAGUUUUAGAGGCUUCCUGGUUCCAGUGAAUAUCAGUCGAUGGAGGCUCGUUUUAGUCCAGUUAGAACUUAAAUUUAAUCUUUAUCUGUAAUUUUUACACAGAUUAAAAAUCUAAAUUCACCCGUCGCUGCUGUUAAACAGAUUUAAGUUGCAUUUACUCUCAGCAUUGCGACUUUUUUCUGCUGCAUUUCAAUGAUUUUCUUUUAAAAUUAAGAAAUAAUCACAGAAAAUGUGAAAAUAUUCAUUUGUUACUGUCGGUGGUUUGCAGAGAUGAACAGCAGGUUGCACCAAAUUCUCCUUAAACUCAUCUUUGCUGGAUUUCUGUUGCAUUAAAAACUUCAUUUUUAAUCGUUUUCUCUCUGAAAUGUUUGUUUUUUAUGUACAUUAAUGAAAACCGUUUAAAAAUGCAAAUAAAACUUGUUUAAUUAUCUUAAUGAAACAGCUAGCAAGUUCUGCUAGCUGCUCCCAUCUGUUUUCAGCCUUUGUGCUAAGCUUAGCUAAGCUAGGCUAACCAUACAGAUGUGAGUUUUGACGUAGCGUGUCGGUUAGCGAAUUCUGGUAGUUGCUCCCAUCUGUUGUCAGUCUUUGUGUUUAGCUAAGCUAAGUUAGGCUAACCGCAUACAUGUGAGUAUCAAAGUAGCAUGUCGGUUAGUGAGUUGUGCUAGCUGCUCCCAUCCGUUUUCAGUUGAAACUCACAUCUGUUUGGUUGGCGUACCUUAGCUAUACUCGACUAGCCCAUCUGUUUUCAGUGUUUGUGUUAAGCUAGGCUAACCCAUCUGUUUUCAGUCUUUGUGCUAAGCUAAGCUAGGCUAACCUUACAGAUAUGAAUUUUGAUGUAGCGUGUCGGUUAGCGAGUUGUGCUAGCUGCUCCCAUCUGUUUUCAUUGGAAAUUCACAUCUGUAUGUUUAGCCUAGCUUAGCUUAGCACAAAGACUGAAAACAGACUUGGCAAAGCUAAGCUAGGGCUAACCCGUCUUUGUGCUAAGCUAGGCUAGGCUAACCGUAUGACCUCUUCAUUUAAAACUGUAAUCUGCCAAAAAAAAAAUGUGGAACUAAACGUUAAAUUCCUCUGAUUGUUUUGAAUUUUUUUUUUUUUUAGCAUCCAGGUGCUAAUCGAUUAAAUUUUGCUGUUUGAGAAAACUCGGUACUUUUUCUUUUGUUUUAAUCGUGAGUUUUUUUUCUCAAUAAGCUGCACCGACUGUUUUUCUCAUUUCAAUCUGGGUCUACGAGCGUCAAACCGCUCACAUUUCUCUACCAAGGAUCUGUAAAUAGUCACUAAAAACACAAAAAAAACAUUACAAAAAUAUUUACUUGGUACUUAGCUGCAUCCUGGCAACAGAAAUAUCUACCAAAUAUUUAAAUGCCAAAUUGUUUUUUGUUUUUUUCCCUGCAGUAACGUUGAUGUGAUUUUACUGUAAAUGAGUUCUGAUACUGCCGACGCUAAUACUAACUCCUCUCCAGUGUUUUUAUCGUUUCUCCUCCAGUAGAUCAACUUGUUCCCUCUUUUUUUUUUUGUAUUAAUUUAACUGUCAAAUGAUUUUAUUGCCUUUAUCCUUCAGGUUGGGGUGUUUUGGCCCUUUUUAAGCUGUUGUAUAUGUGAUUUCAAAAGUUUUAUAUACACUAGUUUGAGAUUUUUCAGAGGCAAAUAGUUUUGAAACUUUUUAUUUUGUAAGAGUUUCUAUUAUCUUCUAGACGACUUUUUUUUUUUGCUUUUGUAUUUAUGUUUUGUUGUUGUUGUUUGUAGAAGGAUUGAUUAUGUGGUUCAUCUCGUUGUCGAGGGUAACCAGCAGACCUCGGGCUCAUUUCUAGUUUUAUCUAAAAUUCCCUGAAGAUAAGAGAAGCUCCUCGACGCCGAUUCAAGGCCUUUUUCCUCCCACAAACCAAAAACUAAUCACGCAGACAUUGGUGUGAGGAUGGACUGACCUCGGCCUUGGGCGGAGGAGUCGAUCCUGAUAACAGAACAGAAAAAGCCCGAGGUCUGGUCGGUGAACAUGGAGAGUUUGUUCUGCUGCUUAACGUCACAAACACCACAUGUGAAUCACCAAUGGAGUGGAGGAGCCAAUGAAUCAUUGGUUUCUGCAUGCAGGUUCUGAUUUAUUCUUGGAAAUAAAGCUAUUUUUAUGCACAUUAACAUUUUAAAA